GGGGCAUAAAUAGUUUAAAACACGACUUUAUUUGGCAGUUUAAUUAAAAUUUAGCAAAGCGGAGAAUCAUUUCAUUUCCCCAUCGCCUAUUAUCCACACGUUUUCUCAAACCGUAUUUCUUUGCACAUUUCUCUACUGAAUAUUCUCUCUCUCUCUCUCUAAGAUCAUGUCUACGGCGGGAAAUUUGGGCGGCGGGCAUGGCGGCGGCGCAGCCGCACACCAGUACUUCUGCUACCAAUGCGACCGCCACGUCACCAUCACUCCUCCAUCCUCCCCCACCGAUGAACUCGCUUGCCCCAUUUGUCACGGCAGUUUUCUAGAAGAAUCCGACACCGCCCCUCCCUCAAACCCUACCCUAGAAUCCGAUCCCUUCUUCAACGCCGCCUUCCCCGGCUUCGGAGGCCUCCCCCUCAUCUUCUCGUCUUCCUCCGCCGCUCCAACCUCCUUCACGAUCUCCUCCGGCGGCGCCGGCGGCGCCGCGGGCGGUGGACUUGAUGAUCUCUCCUCGCUCUUCGGCACGCGAUCCCCUAACGAUUUCAACCCCUUCGCUUUCCUCAAUAAUUACGUCAAUAAUCUGCAGGCGAGGGGGGCGAAUAUCCAGCUUGUUUUUGAGUCCCCCGGCGGCGGCGGAAUUGGCGGCGGGGGGGGCAAUUUGGGGGAUUACUUCAUCGGCCCCGGUUUGGAGCAAUUGAUUCAGCAGCUUUCCGAGAAUGAUCCGAAUCGUUAUGGAACGCCGCCUGCUUCGAAGAAUGCGGUGGAGGGUUUGCCCGAUAUAAAUAUCACGGAGGAGAUGUUAUCGUCGGAUUCGUCGCAAUGUGCAGUGUGUAAAGAUAGCUUUGAGUUGAAUGAGGAGGCGAAGCAGAUGCCUUGCAAGCAUAUUUACCAUAGAGAUUGUAUACUGCCUUGGCUUGAGUUGCAUAAUUCUUGCCCUGUUUGUAGAUAUGAGCUGCCCACUGAUGAUCAGGAUUACGAGAAUCGGAAGAAGGAUAAUAGUGAUGGGAAUAACAAUAGCAGUAGUUUGGGAUUGGGGGCAGCUGGUGGAAGCCAAGAGAAUAGGGAUGAUAGUAACAAUCAACAGACUCCGAGAACUUUGGAAAGGAGGUUUAGGAUAUCGUUGCCCUCGCUUUUCAGAGGCUUUAGCACAUCAGCGGAGACGAGCAGUAGUGGGGGUGAUGGAGGAGGGAAUAACAGCGCCAACAACAAUGCCACUGGAUCAUCCAAUAGGGGCUCAGGAGCAGGAGCGGAUCAGGCUAGAGAGGAGGACCUCGACUGAAGGAUGCAACUGAGAUAUGAAGCAAGUUGAGCAGAAACGAUCUUUGUAUACACAGAAAUGCACUGAUGAAGCUUUCUUACUGGUUCUCAUCAAUAAAACUAGGCACAGCUACCUUUUUCCUUCUCUCUACCCCUCUUUUUUUUGUAAUUUUUAUUAUUUACAGUCCUAAAUCCAUGGUUGUGUGUGAAGUGCGUUGAGCCAUUCUAUUUUCUCAUUGGGUGCAUUUUAAUGGAUAGACUAUCUGCAGAAAUUUUACUGUAAAAAAAUUCCUCCAUUGUGUAGCAGAUUCCAAAUAUACACGAAUCCUUCUCUCUC